GCUCCUCCUUCUCGGCCGCCGUUGCGCCGCUCGGCGCGGCAGGAAGAUGGCGGCGCAACAGCAGGACCGUGAGGGUGGUGCGCAGCUGGCUGGGCCCGCAGCGGAGGCCGACCCGCUGGGCCGCUUUACGUGUCCCGUGUGUUUAGAGGUGUACGAGAAGCCGGUGCAAGUGCCCUGCGGUCACGUCUUUUGCUCUGCAUGCCUGCAGGAAUGUCUGAAGCCGAAGAAGCCUGUCUGUGGGGUGUGUCGCAGCGCUCUGGCCCCUGGCGUCCGAGCUACGGAGCUCGAGCGGCAGAUUGAGAGCACAGAGACUUCUUGCCAUGGCUGCCGUAAAAAUUUUUUACUAUCCAAGAUCCGGGCCCAUGUGGCUACCUGUUCCAAAUACCAGAAUUACAUCAUGGAAGGUGUGAAGGCCACCACCAAGGAUGCCUCCCUUCAGCCAAGGAAUGUCCCAAACCGUUACACAUUUCCUUGCCCUUACUGUCCUGAGAAGAACUUUGAUCAAGAAGGACUAGUGGAACACUGCAAGUUAUCCCAUAGCACGGAUACCAAAUCUGUGGUUUGCCCGAUAUGUGCCUCAAUGCCCUGGGGGGACCCCAACUACCGCAGCGCCAACUUCAUAGAGCACAUCCAGCGCCGGCACCAGUUUUCUUACGACACUUUCGUGGAUUACGAUGUUGACGAAGAGGACAUGAUGAAUCAGGUGUUGCAGCGUUCCAUCAUCGAUCAGUGAGCAGUCUCCGCUGGAACAUGUGACUCAUACACCUUAAAUGUACAACGGACCUGUGAGCUCUGGUGUUAGCAUAGGGUCCCUUCUGACAGGAAAAGAGGUCUCCAGGUCAGAGCCGUCCUUUCCUUUGGGGUCUCCCCUCCUGUUCAUUCUGUCACAUGUCCGGUCUCUGACUGCUCCUCAGCUUCUUCCUGGAGCUUCUGCUUCCUCUUCCGGAGGAGAAUCCAGCUUCUCCACCUGUCCUUGUUUCACACGUGUUCCUCCCAUCUAGAGUUCGUCUCCCAGGUCCUCUGAGCCAGCCAGGACCUUCCCUGGGUCAUGAAUAGCACAAAUGAGACCAGCAUCUCCUCUCCUUGUCCCCGAGGUGUGUGUAUGUCCAGUGGCCGACAGAGCUCCUUCUGUCCUCUGGGAAUUCUUGUUCGUUGCCAAAAGCUGGAGUUUUACCUCUUGGGAAGCGUUUCAGAAGGCCUAUUAGGGUGAAUGUUCUGGGUUUAGCAUGAUCUGAUGCUGGAAGUUUUGAUUAGUGAUAUUUUCCCACCACUCCUGCACACCCUUAGAAUUAACUGGUUCAGUCUUAAAUGCCUGCAUGGUGCCUUUUUAGGAUAAGGUGUAACCAUACAUUUUUAGUGACAAUAAGUAUUUCUAGGUUAGGAAAGUUAAACUCCAGUUAUCCAUAAGCGGGGAGGAGGGUCAACUAAGAGCAGUGUGAGGGCCGUAGCUUUUUGGUUCUUAUUUUCAGACUAAUGCUGUGUUUUCAAAUGACUGAGUCAUGUUUACCUCUCUCUUUGGGAGCCUGCUUACAUUUUUGUCCUCGAAGCAUGAGAAGGAGUCCUCAGAUGAAUAAGAAGGAAGACGUUUAGGGGCUCCAGUGGAUAUUAUAGUUAUUUUAUCUUUUAUUUGGUAACUUAGAUUAAACUGAGUAUUGCUUUUCUAUCACAACUGGCUUCCUUAUGAAACUGGUUUCUGCGUGUAAAUCAGUGUGUGAAAACCUGCCUUCUAAAGCAGAGGUUAUAGGAAAUCUAGUAUCCCAGUCUGCUGUCUCUUUUUGACAAGACACACUGUUCAGAAGCCAAACACGUCUCCUCUGAGCACUUGUUGAUGGAAACUGUCUAAUGGAAGCUUGCUUUGUUAAUAGCUCAAGAAACGUGAAGUUCACCAUGUUUCACGAAUAUUAAUAAAUACAGGCUACGAGCUGUCUAAUCUGUAGGAACAGAACCUUUGAUUGACCAAAAGGCCUGUGGCUUUAGGUUCACUUUUUUGUGUCAGACCUCUCUACGCUGAGCACGGAAAGUUAUUCUGAUCAGUAGCUGAGGUUGCAAGUGACCAUGUGCUUUGGGCCUGUGUGUACUGCUGUGGUGGGCCUCUCCCUCUGCCAGUAGGGGCUGCAAAUGCCUUGUUCCCAGCAAAGACAGGGCCCUUUGGGAGCAAAGAAAUGUUUUCUAAAGUGAUAUUGUUUGGGAGGGCUCAAAUGUUAAGGUCUGUGUCUUCACUGUCAUUUCUGGAAAAAGUUCACUCUGACCUCCCUGAAGUGAGAGGUCUAAGUUUGGAGGGAAAUUUGACAAAGCUGUCAUUUGAGGGAAUGGAUGAGAGUGUGUCCAUUUCACUGGUGGUACCAAGAAACUGAUUUCCUUGUAUUAAGUGCACUUCAUGUAUUUCUAAUAAGAUGACUUUCCAGAAAGUGAAAUUUGUUAAUGUUCUGGCUUUUAAAUGGUGAAAUAUAAAUAAAUUUCCUAAUUUAUCCAAU